AUGGCUUCUCAGAACAUUCCUCUGCGCUCACUUGGCAAGAACGGCCCCAAGGUUCCAGCAAUGGGCUUUGGCCUGAUGCCGCUGUCAUAUGCAUACGGAACAGUCCCUCCAGAUGAGGAGCGUUUCCAGCUGCUGGAUCGGGCUCUGGAGCUGGGUUGCACCUUUUGGGACACUGCCGAUUUGUAUGGCGACAGCGAAGAACUACUGGGCAGGUGGUUUAAGCGGACCGGCAACCGGGACAAGAUCUUCCUUGCUUCAAAGUUUGGAUUCGUCAAAGGCGAGCCCGGUUAUGCGGUCGAAAGCUCGGCCGAAUACUGUAAGAAAGCUUGUGAGGAAAGUUUGCGUCUUCUCGGCACCGAUCAUAUCGACUUGUACUAUCUCCACCAUCCAAACCCCAGGGUCCCCAUCGAACAGACCAUACGCGCCAUGGCUGAGCUCAAAGCGCAAGGUAAGAUCCACUACAUCGGCUUGUCCAACUGCGGUGUCGCAACCAUCCGGCGGGCGCACGCCAUCACCCCAAUCUCGGUCGUGCAGACUGAAUACUCGGCCUUUCAUCGCAUAAUCGAGGGUCCUGAGGGCCACAACACUCUGAAAGUGUGCCGCGAGCUCGGCAUCUCGGUCGUCUGCUACUCGCCCCUCGGCCGGGGCAUGCUGACCUCGACAUUCGCCUCCCUCGCCGCCCCGGGCGAGGACGACCCAAAGGACAUGCGGACGAAGUCCCUCCCCCGCUUCCUUGGCGAGGCCAAAGACCACAACGCCAAGAUAGUAGCCAAGUUCAGCGAGCUGGCUGCCAAGCACAAUUGCACUGCGAGCCAGCUGGCCAUCGCUUGGUUGCUGAAGCAGGGGGACGACAUCAUCCCGAUUCCCGGCACGAGGAAGAUCAAGUGGCUGGAGCAGAACUGGGCUGCCUUGCAGAUCCAACUGAGUGACGAGGACGAGAAGGAGAUUCGUUACUUCAUCGAGACGUCUGAUAUCAAGGGCAAGCACUUGCCUGAAGCGUUUGAUGCCGACCUGGCUUUUGUCGAGACUGUGGAGGAGUCUUGA